AUGUUCUUCCUAACACUACUUGUGGUCGGGUCAAUUAUCCCCUCUACCAGAAGCAUCUACCACGCCCAGCGAUGUUGCAUCGAUUGGGUGGAACCUUGCAAGUGCCCACGACUCUACAUCACCGAGGAUUUGCGACCAUGCGGUAGUGAAAUACAAAUUGAGGAUUUGAUAAUGCCCAUGGCCAGGUUCCAAGUGUCGGACGAUGUAAGAUUACAUAGUUACUUUUACACGGUUGUCUUCUUGUUGACGAAUCGACACUCAGAGAGCACUGAAGGCUUGCGGUUUCGAUUAGUGUUUGCCGAAAUUAACAUCCCCAGAGAUCGUUUCAUGGGAAUACUGUCAAAUACAGUGGAAGACAAUAUCCUUGACGCCAAAAAUCAGAUGAUUGUAAACGAGCUUUCAACAUUCCGAUUCACAAGUGAAUCUGUUCCUGUUGAUUCACUGACACGUCUCACCGCCUUCCUCAUUUCUCAGUCCUCCUACCUCGACUUCUACAAAACAAACUUCACUGGUCUCCCUGCUAAUCGAAUUAUCCUACGCAGGGAAUUGAAAUAUCUGUUUCCGGGUGAGUCCAUCGCGGCUGCUAGCCAUAGCAUAAGCGCGCUGCAAACCCUGGAAGCGGGAACUACGGUGACCUCAGACUCCAGACUGACUAUAUCUCAAGAGAACUGGAUCCCUAACAAGAUUACUGAAGGAAUAGACAUUGUUGAUGUUGAAACUGGUGGCGCGAAGAUUAAAAACCACUUCCAUGAGUGGUUUAUGGGACAGCGGAAUGCGACAACUUAA